AUGGGUCGUCGUAAGAAGGGAAAAUGUGUGAGAAAAAAUAAACAAAUGGAUAGCCAAGAACCUGAUGACUUGAUUCGAGCUCCCCAUUCCUUUGUGAUACACAGAGGCAUUCCUGGAGACCAUAUCGUUGAGCUUACCAAGGAUUUCCGUAGAGUUCUGGAGCCAUUCACAGCUUCGUCGCUCAAGGAGCGCAAAAAGAAUUCAAUAAAGGAUUUUGUGUCUGUUUCCAGCGUUUUACAUGUCAGUCACAUGUGCAUAUUCAGCAGAACGGAGCUGGGAAUGUAUAUGAAGCUUUGCAGAAUACCCAGAGGUCCAACGUUGACGUUUAAGAUAAUAAACUUUACACUGGCGAGGGAUAUUAAUUUAAGUACAGUAAGACGUUGUGUUUGUCUUAAUUACAAUCCCGCAGAUAAAUCAAUUGAUUUUCGUCAUUAUGCUAUCAAAGUUGUGCCUGUUGGUUUAUCGAGAGGAGUAAAAAAAUUAGUACAAGCUAAAAUACCUAAUUUAGCGAAAUGUCAAGACUAUUCUGAGUUUUUGUCGAAGGGUACUCUGUCAGAAAGUGAAGCUGAAGAUAAUUUGAAGCUCUUAAACCAAAUAAUGGAGUUGUUACUGGAGAACAGGCAAAAGGAUUUUUGCUGCGGUCACAAUUACCACCUUCAAUACUUGGAAAAAUAUGGGCACUGUCCGAUACCGACGGAGAUGGGAAAAUGGACAUCAACGAGUUCAGCAUUGCUUACAGGCUCGCUAGUAAAUCUUGGAGGCGUACCUCAGCCUUUAGCUGCAGUACCACGUCCUGUGAUACCAGGAAUAUCUCCAGUAGCAGCAGCAACAGUACCCCUUGCAAAUCCAGCCGUGAGACCUGUCGUUCCAGUUCAAAUACCUGCUGCCUCACGUCAAUUUAGGGAUAAUAUGGGUACUAGUGGUGUGGUGCUGGGUACAAUUAAUAAGACAUCGGCAAAACCACCUGCUCGGCCUGCACCACCCUUCAUGGGAAAUGCAAAUACUAUAACAACUACCAACGUUGGAGCACCGCCUCAAAGACCUGCACCUCCUAGUAGUAUUGGUAGUGGAUUCACAGCUACAACUGGUAUUGCUCCGCCGCCAAAACCAGCACCGCCUUCAUUUCCAAACAGUCCGGUAGGUGCAUCAAUAACUGCCAGUUCAAUGCAAGUAGCACUUCCAGUAGCUUCCUCAAUGGGUAUGGUUCAAGCAGCACCGAUAGUACCACUUAACACCAAUCCCGCUCCAAUGGCAGCUUUCGGAAUGGGACAAACUGUCGCGCCACUAAUUCAACCGAUACCAGGAGCUGGAAUUGUUUCAUCGAUGCCAGGAGUUAUGCCUACAGCUGGUGUUGUUCCUUCAAUGCCAGGACUCAUUCCUACCGCUGGAAUUGAUCCAUCUAUACCUUCUGUCCCAGGAGCUAUUCCAUCUGUCACAAGUUCUGCAGUUCCACAAGCUCCAUAUUAUAAUACAGUAGGAGUUAUGCCAACGGUACCAACAGCUGGAAUGAUUCCAUCUGUUCCUGGUGCUGUUCCAUCAAUACCUGGAGUUGUUCCUCAGGUUCCUGGAACUGGAAUUCCCCCAGUACAACCAUUAAUUCAAGCAAACGUUGGGAUGAACGGUAAUGGUAGUAUGAUUCAGACUCCAGUGUCUACAAAUACACCAUUGAGUACCACAGCACGGCCACCAAGUAUUGAUCGAGUUGGAUCUAUGGAUUCUCAGCACAGUCAGCACAGUCAGCAUAGCCAACAUAGCCAACAUAGUCAACAUAGUCAGAAUUCCAUAGGUUCACCACCUGUAGAUUGGGCUGUUCCACAACAGUCACGACUUAAAUACACCCAGCUGUUCAAUACUUGGGACAGAACGAGAACUGGUUACUUGUCAGGACCACAAGCGAGAAAUAUCAUGGUUCAGUCGCAGUUACAUCAGAAAAUUCUCGCUCAAAUUUGGACUCUAGCUGACAUGGAUUCAGACGGUCGAUUGGGAUGCGAAGAAUUUGUUCUAGCAAUGCAUCUCUGUGACAUGGCUAAAGCCGGAGAAACUAUUCCAACCAGCCUAUCGCCGGAUUUAGUACCCCCAACUUUCCGUCGUCAACGUCAAAGCAGUGUUUCAUCCCAGGGUCUUCCGGAAACUGUCGAUCCGUCGGCAGGCAUGCCGCAGUCUUCCUUCGAGGACAAGAGGAAAGAAAACUUUGAAAAAGGUCAAGCUGAAUUGGAGCGUCGUCGGAAAACUUUACAAGAUACACAGCGCAAAGAGCAAGAGGAACGCGAGCGCAAAGAACGUGAGGAAGCUGAUAAACAAGAAAAGAUUAGACUUGAACAGGAGAGACGUCGGCAAGCUGAAAUAGAAAAACAGAUGAUGCGACAGCGUGAAAUUGAACAGGAGAAAGAGGAGCAGCGUAUGAGAGCGCAAGAGCAACGAGAGGCUGCGAGAAAAGAGAUGGAGAGACAAAGGCAACUUGAGUGGGAAACUCAAAAGUCUCAAGAGCUUCAAGCACAACGGCAAAAAGAACAAGACAUUGUACUUAAAUUAAAAGCUAAAAAUCAGACGCUGACUAUUGAGCUUACGUCACUUAAUGAACGUGUUAAGGAACUUUCGCAAAAAAUUUGUGACACUCGUAAUGGAGUAUCAGGCGUUAAAACAACUAUCGAUGGUAUGCGCUCGACUCGCGAUAGUCAGCUUCAGGAGAUGAAUGAUUUGAAGAAGAAAUUACGAGAACAGAAUCAGCGAUUGCUUGCAUUGAGUCAAGAGAAGGCUAAAAUAGAAGCUAAAAAUAAAAUGAAUGCUUCGCAUGAUUCUGCUGGACAAGAAGCUAUGAAGAUGCAGUUCGCUAAUAAACAAAUAACAUUGAAGCAGCUUAAAGAUAAAAUAGCUGACCUACAACAGCAAAUAAAUGACAAGAUGGCUGAUAUUGAAAAUAAUAAUGGGCAGUUACAGGAUGUAAGAGAUCGGAUGAAAACACUUAUUAAUGAAUGUAAAACUCUUUACUCGUCAUUUGACAAUAAACGUUCUCAAAUAUUGGAAUUACGUGAAAAAAUUGAGAGCUCUGGAGGUAUUGAUUACACAAGUAGUGCUUGGGCAGAGAGCGCUUGGGGUUCAACUGAUCAAAAUGAGCCUGUCAAUGAGGAUGAAUGGCCGGUUGACAAUGCACCCGUUACUACUUCUGCUGUUGAUGAAUCUGGAGUUAGAAAAUACCGCGCUCUGUAUGAAUUCGUAGCGAGAAAUGAGGAAGAGAUAUCGUUCCAACCCGGUGAUAUUAUAUUAGUUCCGCCAGUUCAGAAUCAAGAGCCCGGGUGGAUGGCCGGUGAGAUCCGUGGACAUACUGGCUGGUUCCCUGAGUCGUAUGUCGAGCCGGUGGACUCUGAGUAUGAUGACACCAAAACAUUUGUCCAGCAAGACAGUGUAGAAAAAAGGCCAUUGGAAGAAAUCGCUGAGGUUCCUGAGAAUGUUUCUGACGCCGGGUCUUUGGGAGAGACCACUGCUGCAAGAGUUGAGGCCGCUCCUGCUGCUACUACUUUAACAAACACCAGUACUGUUGAUGAUAAUUAUUAUGUGGCUCUCUAUCCAUACUCUUCGGCGGAACCAGAUGAUUUGAACUUUACUGACGGUGAAAUUAUUGAGGUGACUAAGAGCGAAGGUGACUGGUGGACUGGAACUAUUGGAAACAGAAGUGGAUUCUUCCCGUCUAAUUAUGUUGAAAAAUGCCAACCAAAUAUUAAUCAGGUUCCUGUAGAAACUGUUGCUUCAACUGUGGCAGAUGUUGUUGCUCCUACAUCUCAAGGAACGCCUUCGGCGGAAAAAACCGCAGAACAGAUUGAAGAUGAACGACAAGCUGCUGAAGAUCGGGCCGAAUUACCUGAUUUCUCAGCAAUGGCAUCUCAGCAGACCCGAGGAAAGAAACCGGAGAUUGUCCAGGUAAUUGCACCCUACCAAGCAACAAGUACUGAACAACUCGAUUUGCAAAGAGGACAACUAAUUAUGAUCAGGAAGAAGACUGAUUCUGGAUGGUGGGAAGGCGAGCUACAGGCUCGAGGUAAAAAACGUCAAAUUGGAUGGUUCCCUGCGUCUUACGUUAAGCCACUAACAAGUAGUAGUAAUAGAAGUACUCCAGUAUCUCAUGGUUAUCAAGAUUCUCCAACGGAUCCUAAUGUCGAACGUGUAAUGGCAUUGUAUCCACAUCAAGCUCAAAAUGAUGACGAACUGAGCUUCGAGAAAGGCGACGUAAUAAUUGUUUUGUCAAAGCAAGAAGAGUCUUGGUGGAAAGGUGAUCUUAACGGAGUAUGCGGAAUAUUUCCUAGCAACUACGUGACACCCAUCUGUCAAAUUUCAGCGGCUGUGUACCUCCAAAGCUUAACAGAAACGUCACCUGAAUUUGUAGCAGUUGGACAGGCAUGCCAGCAAGAUCCUCGUACCAAAGGAAUGCCUCUGAGUUCAUUUCUGAUAAAACCAAUGCAACGAAUUACCAAAUACCCCCUUAUUAUUAAUAAAAUAUUAGAGUAUACACCGACUGAACAUCCAGAUAGACAGUAUUUACAAGAAGCAUUGGCAAAAGCCGAGGAAUUUUGUAUACAAGUGAACGAAGGUGUCAGAGAAAAAGAGAAUAGUGAUAGACUGGAAUGGUUACAGACUCAUAUAGCGUAUAAUGAAGAUGUUUUGCAGGAAAAACUUGUAUUUAAUUCUCUAACAAACUCAGCUGGUCCAAGAAAGUUAUUACACUACGGAAUUCUUCACAAGGCUAAAAGUGGCAAAGAACUCGUUGCAUUUCUCACCAACGAUUUUUUACUGUUUGCUCAACCACUGAAGACACUACCUUCAGGACAACAAUUUUCGUUUGAAAGAAAUGAAAAUAACAAAUUUAAAUUAUAUAGAAAACCGAUAUUUUUAAACGAAUUGUCUAUGAUUGGUGACUCCGAACCGAACGGCAAUAUAAUUCCAACGUCAGACGCAUCUAGGACACUUGGUUUACGAGAUUCGAGCAAACGACCUAUUAUUUUACUGGCCCCAUCUGCGAGUGAGUGUACAUUGUGGGCUAGAAAAAUUCGCGAGGCAAGAAAACAGUUUGCUAAAAAUGAAAAAAAUUUAUUACAACGUCAACGCUCCCGACAAGCGCAAUUUAGCUCUUGUGGUCGUAUCCUCGUAACAGUCCUCCAAGGAAGCAGCUUGAAGGCGUCAGCUGGUAAAUGCAAUGCGUUUUGUAAUGUCUCAAUGGGAUCUCAAGAAGAAAGAACUCCAGUAGUACCUGGUACUAAUUGUCCAAUGUGGGAUACCUCGAUGCAAUUUUUAGUUAAAGAUCUCCAUGAAGAUACACUCUGCAUUACUGUCUUCGACAAAGGCUAUUAUACUCCAGACGAUUUUCUCGGGCGAGCGGAAGUAAGAGUCUCAGACAUAAUGAAGGACUGCAAAGAUUCAUGUGGACCCAUUCAAAAGAGAAUAAAAUUACACGAAGUUAACACGGGUGAAGUAGUAUUAAAACUUGAUCUCCGAUUAUUUGGUAGUUGA